UCCCAACACGACAACGAGUACAAAGAGUUUACCCACGCUUAUUUACCCAUGCUUAUUAGCACAGAGGAGCAUAGCUGAUGCUACAGCAGUGGGGCGGAAAAUAGUUGGGCAUUUUAAACAUUCCGCCUUAGCCUACUCCCGCCUCGAGGACAUUCAGGGACAGCUCAACCAGCCAAUAAAGAGACUGCAGCAGGACGUACAGACGCGCUGGAACAGCACGUAUUACAUGCUUCAGUCCCUCAUUGAGCAAAAGCGAGUGCUGGGGGUGUAUGUGUCCGAGCAUGAACUCCCUGACUGGCUCUUAUGGAGACGACUGUUGCCAUCUUCGUCCCCUUUGAGGAACUAACUAAAAAAGUGAGCAGCUACGACGCACUAGCCUCUGAUGUCAUCCCAGCUGUGACUGUGCUAGUGAGACUUCUAAACAGAGAAACAGACGAGGACCACGGCUUCAAGACAAUGAAAGCAACCUUACUGGCAGCUGUCAAGAAGCGCUUCAGUGACGUCGAGACCGACCCACAGUACUUCAUCUCCACCAUACUUGACCCAAGGUAUAAAGAUCACUUCUUCUCCAACAACACUGCUUCAGAGGCCAAGCUGCACCUGAAGCAGGAGCUGCAGAUGAUGUCCAGAGCUGAGGCAGAGGGGAGUCGGGCAGAAGCUGCAGAACCUUCUGCUAAACUGUUCCUCAAGGCCCAGGCCAGCACUAGCAGCAGUCUAGACACUGUAUUUGACGACAUCGCUAAGGAGCAGCCCCAGGCAGCACAGCCGCUGGCAGCAGGUGCUGCCAUUGAGCUCAACACAUACCUUGGAGAGGCCCCAUGCUCUCGUGAAGACAGUCCUCUGAAGUACUGGGGUGCCAACAAAAUCAGGUUCCCCACUUUGGCUAAAAUAGCCCGUAAAUACCUCUCAGCCCCAUUUAGCAGUGUGGAAAGUGAAAGGCUUUUUAGCUCAGUGUCACACAUUAUAGAUGAGAACAGAAACAGUCUGACUGCUGAUAAUGCAGAAAAGCUACUUUUCUUAAAAAAAACUGCCACUCACUUUUUCUAAAUAGGCUCCGUUAAGUGAGUCAUCUUAGACUUGAUGUUAAUACCUACCUCAGUUGCACUGACUACCACAGUUCUAUGUUGGUGGAUGUUGUUAGUUUAUUCAAAUAUUGUGCA